GCUUCGAUACUAGGCUAACAAUCGCAACAAACUAAACAAUAUUCACAAAAUUUUGAACUGAAAUAAUCACAAAAUGAAAUUCUUUAUGGUAUUCGCUGUUGUAUUCUGCUUGGCUGUUUGCUUUGCCUCCCAAUCCUUGGCAUUACCAGCUGAUGCUGUCAAUGAUGCUCAAUUUGUUGACGGUCUGCAGGCUUUGAAAACAAUUGAACCCGAAUUACAUGGUCGCUAUAAGAGAGCCACAUGCGAUUUGUUAAGUGGAACCGGUGCAAAUCACUCAGCUUGUGCUGCUCAUUGCUUAUUGAGAGGAAAUCGCGGAGGUUAUUGCAACUCAAAAGCUGUUUGUGUGUGCCGUAAUUAAAAUUUCAAUGUUUUAAAAAUAUGUAGUAAAAUAAAUAUUUGCAAAAUAAACUCAAUUAAAUGAUUUAUAGAAA